AUCCAUCAGUUUCAUUGGAUGCUGACUUACAGCAUUGUCAGUGCAGGAUUUUUCGUUAAGAUUCAACGAUUUCAUCCAAACUUGAACAAUAUAUCACUACUUCGCCUAGAUAUACGCCUGGUGUUUCAUUGGACACGGCUCAAACAAAUCCUGAAUAAUAACGAGUAAAGGCAAUUUGCAUGCAUUAUGGAAUAGGUCUAUGUCAAUGUGAUAAAAAUAUUAUGAAAAAACUUUCUUAUGGUAAUUAAAAGAGUGCUCGAAGGCAAACUUUAACUGAAAAAAAAUAUUUACUAUUAUUUUUUUAAAAAUCAAGAUAAACCAGCAAAAUGAAUAUUUAUAUACCAAUACAGUGUUACAAAACCGUAUAUUAGGCCUACAGCCACAGCAAUUUCAUUUCGUACCGUUUUACUCGUUUUCUUUCUCCGAGUAAUUACAAGAGACGAAACGGGAAAAUUAACCUUCCGAUGAUUUAACAAAAACCAUUGGGGAUUUUUGUUUCUUAAAGAAAUAACAUAUUCUGAGUUUUUUUUUUUUUUUUUUUUUUUUAAGAAAUAUCAUAUUCUGAGUUUUUUUUUUUUUUUUUUUUUAGUAAUAUAGUGAUUUACAUUUGUGAACGAUGCGUACGCAAUAUCAGCAAAAUAAAUGCUUAAUCUAUAAACAUAAAUAAAUGACUCAGCAAUUUCUUUUUGAUGCAAGAAAUUCUAUUUUUCAAUUGUACGUUUAAAAGAAAGGGUAAAGUUAACUUUGAAUAUUUUAAUUACCUAAUAUUCUAAUAAUAAGAAGUAAUUUUUUAAAUCAAUUAAUAGCUUAUGAAAUGAUUUGAUUAUGACAGGGUAACGUCAAUAAUUUGGUGGGUUUUUUUGUUUGUUUUUGGCCGUAAGUUGCAAAUGUGACCAGGGCAUUCAGGUGAACGACCCUGACAAUCACAGAGUCAGCUGUGAUGUCAGAUUUUACGGGCACAACACUUUACAUUUAAGAACUUAAACAUCGAACAAGGUAAAUUAAAAAAUAAAAACCAAUUCAUUUCAAUUAAAUAAAUGACAUGUUUUUCUUUUGUCCGAAUUCCAUAUCUAUUUGAAUGAGUUUUUAUUAUAUUUUUUACUCCAUUAUAAUGUAACUUGCAGAACCAGGAGGUACAAAAUAAAAAUGACUCACUUAAAGUUAAAGACUCAGUCAAUGACUGAUCCGUGUUCGUCAUGUGUACCUACUACCAAACUAACCAAUAAGCGUCAAGAGAGUGAAGCGUAAUAUUAAUAAUUAACUAUUUACGCACCCUAUCCCAUUUAUUCACUAUGUCAAGUAUUAUUAUUAACCUUGAAUUAGGCAUAUUAUUAUAAGGCAAGGCCCAGUCCAUAAAGUAGGUCACACUAUUUUUGACAAUGUAUAUCAUUAUUAAUUUCGGAUUUUAUAUGUCUGAUAAAAAUAUAUUAAUAUGUAAUGUCACUUAUAAUCUCUACCCCCCCCCCCAGUCACACUUUCUUAGACCCCCCACCUCCUGAGCGUGACAGUGACAUACGUUAUGGGUACCCCUUAUUUUGACAAUGUAUAUCAUUAUUAAUUUCGGAUUUUAUAUGUCUGAUAAAAAUAUAUUAAUAUGUAAUGUCACUUAUAAUCUCUACCCCCCCCCCAGUCACACUUUCUUAGACCCCCCACCUCCUGAGCGUGACAGUGACAUACGUUAUGGGUACCCCUUAGUCUUAGUAAUAAUAGUAAUAGUAAGCUUAGGCCUAUAUAACUAUACUAUAUAUAUUUUAUAGGCCUAGUCUAGGUCUAUAUAUAGUCUAUAUUACUAUAUAAUAUUAUUUAUAUAUUUUAUAGGCCUAGGGUAGGCUUAUAUAAUAUUGAGAGAGAGAAGAAUUAUAUUUAUAUUUGACUAAUUUGUUUGCAUUACUCAUUGUCUGUUCACUGUUGGGUGUGUUCGGUGCUCAACUUAAACAUUAUUAAAUUUGAUUUUUUUUAUAUUAUGUGUCAACAGUGUUCAUGUUUUAUUAAUCAAUAACCAUUUUGAGACAGAACUUUUUGGAGUGUCAGAGCCAGGAAGACGGAGCCCUUCUUAAAAGCUCGACACUCAUAUUGCAAAAAUUUAGAAAAUAACAAAACAAUUAAUUUACAAAUACAAUACUGUAUAUAUUCCUGUAUGAAAUUAAAUUUAUUAAAUGAAUUUAUGAAUCAAACUGAAAUCUCAACAUUGGGGCUGCUUAUGCCUUUUGACAUAUUUCAAAGUCACAUAUUUUUAAAGCAUUUUUAGGGGUCACUAGAUUUUUAAAAAAAUUGAUAUAAAAUGACAAAACCCAGUAAAAUAUAAAUGGAAGCCACCAUUAAAAUGGUGAGAUGAACAAGAAAUAAAAGAAGCAAUCUGAUUAGCAGAUACAAAGACCAGCCAGCCAAUCUCAAGGCUUGAAUUAUCAGGCCAAUAGAUCGACCUUUCGUCUUUUUCACUAUUCGACAGCUGCCCCAAGAGGGUUAAGACAUUGCUGCCUAUUAAUUAUAAUUUAUGUUAUGCUAAAACUUAAUUAUUAAUUAUUAAAUUUUUGGUACUAGUACUGGAGCUUGGGCAAGAGCUUAGCAUUAUCAUUGUCAAUUAAAAAUAUUCACUGAUAAUUAACUAAUUAUUCCAUCUGUUAACUCUACUGCAUGGGUCACUAGUCAGGCCAAAAAUAGGUGCACGCUUGCAUUUUUGUAUGUUAAUUAAUACAAAAUCUUUUGCAUGUAUACCGUAGGUACUCGUUUGAUUUUAUAGGGGUAAAUUUUCAGGGGAAUAAGUGGGAUGUGCAAAACUAGUAGUGCUCAUAUUUGCAAUUUUUUGGAAAUGUUCAGUAUGAUUAGCACAGACACAUGAUGCGAGUAUAUGUUUUACACAUAUUUCUGAACGUUUAUUAGUUUUUAAGUAUUUUUAAUUACACAAUAACUGAUUUUAAAAGUUUAAAAAAAAAAUUAUCUUACUACCAUAUUGCUUCUACCAGCAUUUUAUUGCAUUGGGUCAGUUCAUGAGCUGUUAACACACUUUUCAGGCUUUUCUCUGCCAAAACUUGGGGGUUGGCUUUUGAAGGAAUGGUGUGGCCUCUUUGUUUCUCCUUUCAUAUCAUACAUUUUUCAUUACCAAUCUUUAAUUCUAAGUAACUGUGACUUACUUAUUAAUUGAAACUUGUAAUUCUGUGUAUUGAAUUUCAACUAAUAAUUAUAAAUUUUACAUGUUUGAUAUUUCAAAUUGUGUUUAACCUAACAUAACAUAUACACAUACACAAUACAUACGAUACAAAUAUAUUAAAAAAUGUUUGAUUAAACUUAUUUAUAUACUUUCUCAAAUAUUCUUUGUGUAAUAUAACUAUAAGUCUAUCAUCAUUCUUGUGAAUUUUCAUAUAUUAGUUUGAAAAGGGUGACUGUGCAUGAGUGAAAAAUGAACAAAGAUUAUAAAACCUUCUAAAAAAAGUACUAUUUUGCUUCAAAGUAUAUCCUUUAAUUCAUUUUGAUGCUUUUUCUUGACACAUUUUUCUUUACUUUCUUUACUUUAUAGCAUUUUUAAUUUAAAAAAAUGAAAUAACUUAUCUGAUGCUGUGGAGGGUUUAAAAAAACCCAUCUGUGACCUGGUAAUGAACUAUGCAUGUUUUAGAAGUAAAUAGAGAAAGAAAAAGAAGUACAUGAUUAUGGGCUGUAACCAAGAAAGGGGGUGGAGGAAGAGUUAGCAAGUUAAGGAUAAGAUGCCAUGACAUUUAUGCCAUGUUUUGUCGGCAUUGUGAAUGUGUGUAUUAGUUUAUUCUUCAGCACCACCCUGGCUGCCAUCUUGGUAUUUUGUUGUUCACUUGUAUUUUGUUUGCUGAAGAAGGCUUUUUGCCGAAAUGUGCCUUGUUUCAUUUUCUUUUUUGUCAUGUUUUUUUUACCUAUCUCAUGUUACUUAUUCCAUCGUUAUCCAGACCUUAUCCCGAAAAUGUCUGCAUAUUUUUUUCUUUUUUCCAUGAAAACAAUAGAAGCUUAUUGGAUUUCAUCUCUGAAAUUGUAUGAUAUUUGGGGCCAUCUCUUAAUUACUAACUGUUUAAAAAGUGGGGUAUGUUUCAAUUAUAGUGGUAGAUAAUCAUACAACUCACUGAUUACAUGGUCUGCACACUGACUACUUUUCUUCUUUGAGGUCCCCCCUUUUCUUUGUUUCCACUGAAUAAAGAAAACUUCAGUCAUGUUUGGGCAGUUUCUGAGGCUUACAAGCUCUUUUUAGCUAAUUUUAUAUUGCUCUUUACAUGUUUUGACUUGCUCUAGACUGCAGAAUUUAAAAAAAUAGUAUUACUUAAACUCAUUAAAAAAAUUUCACCAUUAAAUUAAGCCUUGAACUAUUCAAACAUAAAUUCAGAUGUUUUUUGUGUGUGUGAUUGUUUCAAUCAAGCUGACUGGGAAAUAUGAAAAGGAGAAGACUGAAGCCUUGAUGAAUAUCAGGGUAUCUCCGUCACUCUUAUAUUUAUAUUUCCCCAGGAUCCGAGACCCAAAGAACUGUCCAUCCAUCUCUACCAUUUCCUAACGACACUAUUCCAUGCCAUCUUCACCUCCGGUCUGUUGCCCACUUAAAUGACAAACAAUUAGUCUUCUGUCAAAAUCUGGCAGAGACGUUGAAUGCCUCCUCCAACUAAAAACUGAUCUUUAAGUAACAAACCUGGCCUGCUCAUUAUCAAGACCAAUAAGAUUAAGAUUAUUACAAUGAAUGGGGACCUGACAUUGAACACGUUCAAGUAUUUUUCGUACGGCAGCAAUUUGUUGAGAGAGAGGAUACUCAUUAAUAACCCUACAGCUGAAAUCCAUGGCACGGGCAAACUGCAUGUGAGUAUUAAUCUUCUAAUUGCUGUUCAUUAUCACCUGGGUUGUCUAACAAUGGAUUCAUUGCUGAGCUUCUAUUUGAUGGCAUGAUUAGCCCUUAAAAGCAAGGUGCCAUUUUCAGAGAGUGAUGGGACUCUAGAUGGGAUUGAUGGGAGGAUGGGUCAUUGUGUCGCAUUAAACAGGACCACACUCAUGAGGCAUAGUUUCUAUUAGCUGUAUGUCAUUCGCUCAGAUAUUCUCAGUGUGGUAUAUAACUGCAGGAACAUAAGUUUAUUUUUCAUUCUUUUUUGUUUUACUCAGGGCUAUCACCUGAGGUUUGACACGCCAGUUGGCUGUGGAAAAAGUCGAUGGUAUGGAGCUGCAGCAACUGUCCGUCCAAAAAGUGACAGCUAUGUAUGUGGUGUCAUAUGGGUUGUCCACUUAGAGGAUAUGGACAGUCUGGACAGGUAAUUAUUUUUAGCAAUAGUUAAAAAAAUUUUUUGGCUUAAGUAGAGUAGCGAGCUUCGGCAUUAUGUGUCCAUGCUGGUACAGAAGACAUUCAGUGACUGUGCGUAAAUCUUUUCACUUUUAUAAGAACGAUCCCCUGAAAUGUUCUAGACUUAAUCAGCAGAACCCAAAUGUAUACUUUUAUUUUCUUUACAAAUACAAGCACCAUUAUGGUAUCUGUAUAAUUACGACAGUUUGUAUAUGACUGUUUUUAAAACAAACUCUGUUACCUGCAUGAACUCAGUCUCCUUCAACAAAGUCAUUCUUAAUCAACUGCCAUUUUCUUGAUGAACUAAAUAUAUUGAAUUAUUCUUGUGACUUUAUUUUGAUGAAUCCCCUCUUAAGAAUUUCAAAAUUUUAAUAUUAAAAAUUCAAAACAAAAGAAGAGAUAUUUUGCAUAAUCACAACAGCAAAAAAAAAAAGGGAGAGGAAUUUUGGCUUCGUUUAAAAAUAAUGCUAAAAUCUAAUAAAAAAUUAGAAAAAGAAUUUUUUUUUUUUUCCACAGUCAAGAAGCCUAUUACCAUCCAAUAGAAGUUUCAGUGGAGAAUGGUGAUGGAGAAAUGGUGAUAUGUCGGACUUAUGAGAUGCAACCAAACACUACAGGUUAUUCCCUGCCCAGCCCACACUAUAAGAAAGUUCUCAUAGAUGGAGCCAAACAAAAUGGACUACCCGAUGAAUACAUAGAAUAUCUGGAAAGUUUCCAAGACAACGGGGUUACAGAUACUCCACCCAACUAUCGUAAGGUCAUGGAUAUGGUCGAAACUUUUAGAACUGAAGAAGAUGGCAGCAGUGAAGCAGAAAAAUUCAAGAAAAACAGCUCCUAGACCAGGAGCAAUUAGAGUAGUCUGCCCCUGUCCUAGACCAGGAGGAACUAGUGGUGUCUGUCCCUGUUCUAGACCAGGAGCAACUAUAGUAGUCUGCAUGCCUGCCCUGUCCCUGUCCUAGACCAAGAGAAACUAUAUUAGUCUGCAUGUCUGCCCCUGUCCUAGAAAUCUGUUUCUUCCUGCCCGGUUAUCUGACACUUUUUCACACCAUUAAAUUAUCUGAAAAGUUCCAAAAGAAUUUCUUGUCUCCAUUGUUUCAAUGAGUUUUGGGAAUGCUUUUUUUUUAGUUCUAGUUUCUUGUUUUCUGUUAGAAUUUUUUUAACAAUAUGUUAUUAUAUCCACUGGCUAUCCAACUUUUUUUUUAUUUGAAACAAAGUCCAGAACAAAAGGAUGAAUUUCAUAUCUGGCCAUCAUUUUAUUUAUUUUAUUAUAGUUUUUCUAUAGUUUUUAUUUUAGGGUGUAUAUCCCCAGCUUUUAUUGACUAAGUUUUUAUUUGAUUAUAAGUUUUUAAUUUAAUUUUAUUAUAACUUUAUUGUAUGUUUUUUAAAAAUAAGAAGUAGUUAAAAGUUAACUAAACUUUAGACUCUUCAAAGUGAUGAGUUGAAACUGUUGAUUGCAAAGCUAUUUAGAUUAAUGCAUAUAAAAAGUCAGCUUUUGUUUCUAUAGUUUAAUAUUUUGAUAUUUUUCUGCAAAGUGUUCCAACUAGUCUUGCUCGUUUCCUGUUAUUUUUUAACUUUUCCACUUUUUAAAUCCUCAUUUCCUUUGGCUCUGUAGACUGAUAGUCCAAAUGAAAACUCUUGUGACAUGUUCUUUAAAUAUCAUAAUGCACAUAUAAUAUUAUUUUAUAGUUGGCAAUGUUAAAAAAAAGAACUAAUAAUAGAGGUUCCAUUAUUUGGGGUCUAGAAAUGCAUUUAUAAAAAAUUGUGAACAGGGUCUUCCACGAGAGCACAUGUUAAGAACAUAACAAAAUAAAAAGCUCAUCCUAUUAUGUUUUAAAAUUACAUGGUAAAUGGUGCCCUAAACCUUUUUAAAAAAAUUCUUAUUAUUUCCUUCUGUUCAACUCUGAGUAAAAAUGUCUUAAUGGUGGAACAUAGUUUAAAAUUGUUCACAAAUAUGCAACCAAUAAAAACAAUUGUAAUCCCAACUAAAAAUGCACCAGUAUUCUCAUAUAAUCUUUUUUGAUCAUCACCAUCAUCAUAACUCUCUAAAUGUGGUGCAUUAAAAUUAUUUUGUUAAGCAUGAUUUUAUUUAUUAUUAUUUUUUUUUAAACAUUGUUUUUAUUUGAAAUUUAUUUAAAAAAACCUUUGAAUUCUCAUGCCAUUGCCUUGUCAAAAAUGUUGAAUUUCACUAAAAGUAGAAUUUUCUGUCACAUAUUCUAACCCAAUGUUUUAAAAGUUUGUGUCAAAAGUUAUUAUGUUUUUAGUGUCUCCUGUAAAAUUUGGAAAACCUGAAUCGUGCAAUUAGAGAGUUAAAGCAACACAUUGUACUGGUCUGCUUAUUUCUCCUGCAUUUUCUCACUUACAUCUCCAUUUAUUAAAAAUAUUUUUGUAUGGGUAUUACAUUGCAAAUAUAAAUUAUUUUAAAACAAUGUAAAAACCUAUAAACUUCAUGUAAUGAGUAUAUUUCUUAUUUAUAUUCUAUUUUAAAAAAUAACUCUUACUUUCCUAAUAUAUAAUAUGAAUUAUGCCAUAAAGUAUGAGAGUAUAAAGCUGUGAUGUAUAGCUUUUUAAUUUCUUGAGCGCUGCUUUAUUUUUGUGCUUUUUUAGUUUUGAAGAAAUAGGAGCUAGCUAUAGCUGGACUUUGUAGGAGCUAGCUAUAGCUGGACUUUGUAGGAGCUAGCUAUAGCUGGACUUUGUGACAAUGGUCUUCAAAAAGGGGCCCAUAGCUUUUAUCUGAAAAAAUUUUAAACUUUGUCGUGGAAAGAUAUUAAUCAUAAAACUAACACCAAGUCUUUCUUUAUCUCCUUGAUUGGACAUCAUUAGACCGAUGGCAAUAUAUAUUGCCUAUUUUUUUAUGCCAUGUUUCCUCAUUGAUCUCAAAUGCUUAGAAUCACAUUGGAAACCAAAGAAUGCUUGAUGUGAAGUAAAUCACAUUGGAAACCAAAGGAUGCUUGAUGUGAAGUAAAUGACAUUGGAAACCAAAGGAUGCUUGAUGUGAAGUAAAUGACAUUGGAAACCAAAGGAUGUUUGAUGUGAAGUAAAUCACAUUGGAAACCAAAGGAUGCUUGAUGUGAAGUAAAUGACAUUGGAAACCAAAGGAUGCUUGAUGUGAAGUAAAUCACAUUGGAAACCAAAGGAUGCUUGAUGUGAAGUAAAUCACAUUGGAAACCAAAGGAUGCUUGAUGUGAAGUAAAUCACAUUGGAAACCAAAGGAUGCUUGAUGUGAAGUAAAUGACAUUGGAAACCAAAGGAUGUUUGAUGUGAAGUAAAUCACAUUGGAAACCAAAGGAUGCUUGAUGUGAAGUAAAUGACAUUGGAAACCAAAGGAUGCUUGAUGUGAAGUAAAUCACAUUGGAAACCAAAGGAUGCUUGAUGUGAAGUAAAUGACAUUGGAAACCAAAGGAUGUUUGAUGUGAAGUAAAUCACAUUGGAAACCAAAGGAUGCUUGAUGUGAAGUAAAUCACAUUGGAAACCAAAGGAUGCUUGAUGUGAAGUAAAUCACAUUGGAAACCAAAGGAUGCUUGAUGUGAAUUCGAUCACAUUGGAAACCAAAGAAUGCUUGAUGUGAAGUAAAUCACAUCAGGAUGUGAAGUAAAUCACAUCAGAAACCAAAGGAUGUUUGAAGUAACAGUCAAGGGCCUAUUCACUAGUCACUUCAUAAUUAUUUCAAUUGCCAAAACAGCCUGUAACCAUGGUAAUGAUGUGAUACAGUGGUUAACAAGAGUUUUACAUCUCUCCAACACAAAUGUCAACAAUGCCAACAUUAAAAACUACUGAGUGUCAUAGUAUAUUCUUUAAGUGUUGUUGUUGUAACCUGUUGUAGAUAAAUAUUAAUUAGGGAAUUUGUUUUCUAAUAUGUUCUUCAUUUUAGAAAAAAAAAUUAUUUGAUGCAUUAAAAAAAAAUUAGCUUUAAAAUUUUUAUUUUUUUUAAAAAUUGAUUUGUCAAAAUAUCUAACCUGUUGAGAUACAAUUCGGCCCCUGUAACUCACCUGAUGACAUUUACUUCAGUGUCUGUUGUAUUUUUCUUAUUCAUAUGUGAAUUGUGGUUAUUCUAAUGGAUUAAAAUUAAAAGAAAUGAUUUGAACAGCUUGUGUAUUAGUCUGUCUUAUUUUGUUCGGAACGUCUUUUGAAAUUAACAUUUAACAUGUGAACCAAAACAUAACAAAAAUACUUCAUAUCCUAUCAAAAUAAAAAUGUUUGAAACAAAAGUAGUCAGGCCAAAGUAGGUCAAUUUAGUACUGUGUGCUGCAAGAUUAUGUAGAAUUUUUCUUCUCACCAGCAACACAAUAUUUUAUGACCACAUGGGAGUGGGUUGUGACCACAUGGGAGUGCUUUGUGACCUCAUGGAAGUGGAUUAUGGCCUCAUGGUAGCUGGUUGUGACAACAUGGUAUUGGGUUGUGACCACAUGGGAGUGGGUUGUGACCACAAUUCCAAUGUAAUAAUACAUUUCCUUUCUUUCUUUCACAGACAUUUUUAGGCUGACCAAGGCAACCUACAAUGAGCCCAGAUUUUGCCACUCAUGGUAGAGGCAGUUUUUAAGUUCUCUCAACCAAGACAUUACAUCACAAGAAUACAGCCGCAGGAUCACAACCCUCUUCAUGCUCUGAAAACAAAAGUAACAAUCUUGAGGUUGCAGUUUAAAGUUUAUAAGCCGAUUUCAAAGAAUGAACAGAGAGAUCCACAAAGAAGUGAAUGGUGAGAUUGACAGACAAGUGAAUGGAGUGAUCUACAGAGAAGUGAAUGGAGAGAUCCACAGAAAAGUGAAUGGAGAAAUCCACAGAGAUGUGAAUGUAGACUGUCAUGAAGAGACAUUUCUCUAUUUCUCCUAUGGCAGCAAUUUGAUGAAGGAGAGAAUUCACAUUAACAACCCAACAGCUGUGCUUUUUGGAGUAGGAAAACUAAAUGUAAGUAAUCUCGCUAUAAAAUAUUUAGAUUUUCUACUGAAUGAAAGGGCAACAACUCAUCACAAAGGCAAUACAUUUAUUUCCCUUUCAAGUACAGGGUUUGGAGGGUUGGGGGUAAAGGAUUUUUUUGUAACUUAAAGUGAAAAUGACUGAUGAUUGAAUUGUUAAAUCUGUUACUGCAGCAGUGAAUGACCCUUAGGGGUAAGAGAAACUCAUGCCACUUAGUUGUUGAGGGCAGGUGGUAGACUUUAAAAAAAGUGCUAACUCUACUUAGUGCUUCAAAAAAUCUCAUUUUUAAAAUUGUAAAUCAUUACUUUGAGACAAUCUUUUCCUUUUGAAUUGAUAAUAUUAGCCGAUCUUUUUACGUCUCAGUUUGAGUGAGAACCCCUCCUCACAUUUUUGUUCUGUGAAAGGCCCUGAGACAUUAUUGUAUUUAAAGAAAAAUAAAGUGUUAAGGGAACAACAAUGUGUGGCAAGAAAAUUUGUACCAAUUUCAUUUGUGAUGUUUCUAAUAUAACCCGAAUGAACUAUUGGUUACCCAGGGCUGGAGACUGACAUAUGACGUACCUAGAGAUCAUGAGCCAAGCCUUUGGCAUGGUGCAUCAGCCACUAUAAGGCCCAGUUGCAAUGAAUAUGUUUAUGGUGUUGUUUGGAAAAUCAAAUCUGAGCAUAUGGCAUUUCUGGACAGGUACGUCAGAUCUUUUGGAAUAUCUAAUUUUAAAAAGACCAACAUGUACUACUAUUUUAAGCUUAAUUAAUUGUGUCGUAACUAUAAAUAUAGGCAAGUCCCUAAUACUUUUAAGUUUGUACCAUAAAACCAUCAUAACUUGUUCCAUUAUAACCAUAAAGAUAGAUACAUCUCUAUUAAUAAUGAAUGGGGGCAGAGUGGGGUUCCAUGAUGGGGACAGAGUGGGGUUCCAUGAUGGAGGCAGAGUGGGGUUCCAUGAUGGGGACAGAGUGGGGUUCCACGAUGGGGACAGAGUGGGGUUCCAUGAUGGGGACAGAGUGGGGUUCCAUGAUGUGGACAGAGUGGGGUUCCAUGAUGUGGACAGAGUGGGGUUCCAUGAUGGGGACAGAGUGGGGUUCCAUGAUGUGGACAGAGUGGGGUUCCAUGAUGGGGACAGAGUGGGGUUCCAUGAUGGGGACAGAGUGGGGUUCCAUGAUGGGGACAGAGUGGGGUUCCAUGAUGGGGGCAGAGUGGAAUUCCAUGAUAAUGAUGUAUAAUGCUUGUGUGUAUGCUCAAAGCGCUCUGAUGUCAUUAAGUUUUUAUAUAAAAAAAUGUCUUUAAAUGGCUCUUAAAUUAUGUUUUAUCAUUUUUAAAAUCCCUCAAAGACUGAGGCAAAGUGUUCUAUAAAUUAGGUUUCUAAAGAGCGCACUCAGCAUGACUUCUUUCUGUGUUCAUCCACAUUGGGAACUCUCGCAGUAGGAACUGUGAUGAAGAGCACAGCCUCUUUAAGAAUACAUGUUUGGAAAUAAGUUCUUUUAGAUAUCCCGGUGGAGAGCCUUCCAUACGGCUGAAUGUCAGGGACAGAAUUUUGUGGUUAAUGCGCUGACUCACAGAAACCCAAUGGAGAUCUUGUAGAACUGAGGUGAUGUGGUCAGAUUUUUUUAACCCAGGAUACAAUGCGUGCUGCAGUAUUUUGUACCUUCUUGAGUCUCUGAAUUGGUUUUGAAGAACUGUUACAGUAAUCUAAUCUUGAUUGGAUUAGAUUGACUGCUACGGAAUUGGCUGUUCUCUUAUUAAGUUGAGGACGCACCUGAUCCAGGGCGUGUAGAUGACAGAAACAAGCAAUGACCACAGAACUGAUAUGAGGGAUCAUAGUAAGUUUACUGUCAGUGUAAAAGCCAAGGUCUCUGACAGUGUGGGACAAGGGGAUAUCAGAAUCACCAACUUUUAUUGAUGUGAUUGCAGAUAAAAUGGUGAUGGUGGCAGAGUGGAGUUCCGUGAUGGUGGCUGAGUGGAGUUCUGUGAUGGUGGUAGAGUGGAGUUCUGUGAUGGUGGUAGAGUGGAGUUCUGUGAUGGUAGUAGAGUGGAGUUCUGUGAUGGUGGUGGGGUGGAGUUCUGUGAUGGUAGUAGAGUGGAGUUCUGUGAUGGUGGUAGAGUGGAGUUCUGUGAUGGUAGUAGAGUGGAGUUCUGUGAUGGUGGUACAGUGGAGUUAUUUGAUGGUAGUAGAGUGGAGUUCUGUGAUGGUAGUAGAGUGGAGUUCUGUGAUGGUAGUAGAGGGGAGUUCUGUGAUGGUGGCAGAGUGGAGUUCUGUGAUGGUGGCAGAGUGGAGUUCUGUGAUGGUAGUAGAGUGGAGUUCUGUGAUGAUGGUAGAGUGGAGUUCCAUGAUGGGGCAGUCUGAUUACAGUUGCCAUGGGUUAAACAUUUCUCCAACAACCAUCAUUAAAACAAGCUGCCUUUGUGUUGGUCAAAACUGUCUUAUCUGUUGAGGGAAAUAGGCUAUUUUUAGUGCUUUCUCCCCUACAGCCCUUAUACAGAUAGCCUCUGAUGAAAGUUAUGAGAUUGGCAGAACUAAACUUUGUGGUCUCGUUUGUUUUACUGUGGGGUGUUUUGGUGAGGGAGCUUCUCUGGUGUCAACUUCUUUCAGCAUCACAAGUGUCUGACCUCUGGUGUCAACUUCUUUCAGCAUCACAAGUGUCUGACCUCUGGUGUCAACUUCUUUCAGCAUCACAAGUUUUUUACCACUGGUGUUAACUUCUGUCAGCAUCACAAGUGUCUGACCUCUGGUGUUAACUUCUGUCAGCAUCACAAGUGUCUGACCUCUGGUGUCAACUUCUUUCAGCAUCACAAGUGUCUGACCUCUGGUGUCAACUUCUUUCAGCAUAACAAGUGUCUGACCUCUGGUGUUAACUUCUGUCAGCAUCACAAGUUUUUGACCACUGGUGUUAACUUCUGUCAGCAUCACAAGUGUCUGACCUCUGGUGUUAACUUCUGUCAGCAUCACAAGUGUCUGACCUCUGGUGUUAACUUCUGUCAGCAUCACAAGUUUUUGACCACUGGUGGUUUUUAAUAUCUAGGUGAUGCAUAAAAUGUUAUUUUUGUCUACAGCCAGGAAACAUUCUACCAACCCAUCCAAGUAACCAUAGAGAUGGAAGAUGGCAGAACUGUGGGAUGCCGCAGCUAUGAGAUGCAUCAGAAUACAACAGGCAACCACCUUCCCAGUCCUCACUACAAGGAAGUUAUUGUAAGGGGGGCCAAGCAGAACAACCUCCCUGAAGAUUACAUCCGCUACCUGGAGAGCUUCCCUGACAAUGGCCUGACCUCACCUCCCCCCAACUACCUCAAGGUCAUGGAGCAGGUCAGAAUUUUCAACCAGGACAACAGAAAUGCCCUUGAGAGUUAACCCAAGUUGACCGUUAGCAACGUCCAGUAUUUGAGUGUUUUAAGUGUUUGGGAGAUGUUAUUGUAAAACCCAGUUCUUUUAGUGAGGAGUGUCUGCGUGUUUCAUCAACACUUUAUAAAGCAGUGGAUCUUUCUUGUUUUAAAACUCAUUGUACAUUUCAAGGCCACUGCAAAAAUAUUUUUUGGCCAAAAAUUGCUAGUAAAACAAUGUAGAAUUUUUUUUCCCACCUGAUUUUUCGUCAAAAUAUGUGUUGAAAAAUUGUAAUAAUGAGAUCACCCGGUACUUGAGUCUGUUUGCAGUCCAGCAAGUGUCUAAACCAUAUUGUUUAGAACCUGUGGUAUUUGAUAUCUUGUGUGUUAUUUUACCUUUUGUGUACAAUGAGCAUAAUGCUCAGUUCACAAGAUCAAAUUUUCACCAAAUAACAUUUAUUCUCAGCCUAAAUCACAAAUAUAAUCCUAAAAUAAAAAUCUAUAUUAUUUCUUACUCUUAUGAAAACUAAUGGGGAUGUGGGAUGUAUGCACCCCUUGUGUGUACCCCUGCUGUAGCAUGUACCGGUACCCCUGCUGUAGCAUGUACCGGUACCCCUGCUGUAGCAUGUACCGGUACCCCUGCUGUAGCAUGUACCGGUACCCCUGCUGUAUUUGCCUCUGCUCAAGUAAUGUUUAACACUGAAGUGUUUUUAAAUAGUGUUUGAAGUCCAUAGUUAAUUUUAAAAAUCAAACUCAAAGAUACACAGCCUAACCAAUCAAACUCAAAGAUACACAGCCUAACGUUCUACAUAAUUAAGGACCACUUAUUUGCAGCCAUAAACUAUUUUUGUGCUAGAUUUGAUAUUUAAAAAAAUGAAAUUGUUCCAUGCUGGAAUUUACUUUGACCACUACCGUUGUAGACUAUAUCAAGAUAUUCUGUUCACAUCAAAAUAACUUCCAGCUCAUAUAUAGUUAUUUGUUUAAAUUAUUUUAUUGCAUUGAUCAUCGUUCAUUGAUGGCUUAUUUUUUAAUAAAAAAAAAAAAUUAUUUAAAAUUAAAACGAUCAGAAUAUUGGAUAGAAAAAUCAAAAGCUAAAAUGUAAAAGAUGUACAGAUUUUUUUUUAAAAAUCAUCAAACUCACAAAUAUCACAUCACAUAGGCAUCACAUCAGAUCACAUAGGCAUCACUUCAGAUCACAUAAGCAUCACAUCAGAUCACAUAACCAUCACAUGAGAUCACAUACCCAUCACAUCAGAUCACAUAACAAGGUCUUCAAAGUCAGAAGCUCUAGUUUUACAUUAUUUCUUGUUUUAGUUUCAACUUUAACAGACCAACAAUAAUUUAAAAGUUGUACACACCUUUUUUUAAUGGAAUCAGUAUUCUCUGAAUAUUUUUUUAAAUUUAAAAUUUUUAAAUAUUUUCUACAGUAGCUUAUCUAAAGAAGAUUUUAAAAGAUGUAUUUUUUCUCCACUUUAUUUGUAAACAGACUUUAAAGCAUGAACCUAUUCUAUUUUGUCAUUGCUCAUUUUAAUGAGGGUCUUUUAAUGGAUUGCCUUUACAUUGUAAUUUGAGCUCAAGCUACGUAACACUAUAUUUUAUAGAAGAAUAUAUAUACAGCUCUUUUUCUUUUUAUUGGUUCACAAUAUUGAGACAUGUUCAUAUCUCUUGUUUAAUUUAUAAUAUUACAAGUUUAUUCGAUUUAUUAUAUAGUCCUGUGGAUGUAGCGAGGUAGUCUUAUAACAAUUUGUACUUUUUUCUCUACCAACAUAACCUUGUUUGUAAGAAUUCUUCUUCAUUUCAUUUGCACAACUGAUAUUCAUGUAUAUAUUGUCAUCUGUGUUGUUGGUCAAGUGUCAAAGUGGUCUGUGUUUAAACACAUUGUCCAAGCAGGUUAAUAACUAAGCCUCUGUUUUGUUAGUUCUUACUAAAUAUUUUUGUAUUAAAUUUUCGUGUAUUUUUUAUGGUAAACAAAUCUUAAAUUAUGAAUUUUAGGCCAGCGUUUUAAAUAUCAUUAUUGGCUCAGAUGCUAAAUAUUUGAAAAGUUAACACAUUUUUAAAAAGUUCAAAUUUUGGCUGUCAGGCAUUAAAACCAAUUUAAAAAAAUCAAAAUUUUAUAGUUAUUGGUUACUGACAAAUAAACUCAAUUUUUUAUAAGAGGAAAUUAAUUUCUGGUACUUAAUUACAAUCUUAUCAGAGUAUUCAUUGCAUCCAAGGUGCUAGUUAUUAUAAUUGAAUUUUUAAACAAACAAAAAAAAAAUUCUUUGACAGGGCCUUGGUGUGCCAAGUCCAUGAAAUUUAACAAUCUAUCUAUAUAUAUAUAAUAUAUAUUAGUGCCAAAGUUCAUAUAUGUCAACAACUAACAACAACAUGCGUAGUUCAUAUAUCAUGUAUUUCUAUAAAAGCAGCCAUGGUGAGCCUCAACAGCUGGAGCUCCACGGUUGACCGGAGCCACACAAAAAUCUCAUUACACUUGUGUUUGAUUUCUGUUGUUAAAAAAACCCCUGAAAAUCUAUUGUAAAUAUUUAGAGAUAACAUAAUAAUAUAUUUGUAGAUUUGUUAUAAUUAUUUUUUUAUAUGCUUUACAUCAGGGGGCUCGUUAGUAUUUAUAUAUCAUGAACUCCAUGAGAGUCCAUGGACACCAACAUGUAGAAUUACUUUGAGGUAAAUGGAAAUGCCACAAAUGAGCAAUUUUCAACAAAUGAUUUGAUUUCUCUGGCCAACCCCUCCCUUUACAUAUCCACCAGAGACAAUCGCCAGAGGUCUGCAGAAUGAUUGCAUUACUUUAAAUUACGUCAUAGAAUUAAGUUGAUCAAAAAAUAAAUGACAUAAUAAAUAUUCACUGGGUCAUUAGAUAGUGUAAUUUAUAUUAAUUGCUAAAUACUAAAUUGAUUCAUAAUUAAUUUACAACAACUUGAGUAUUUGCCAAAAUAAUUAUUGCUCUGAAUAAAUUAAUUGAAUGCAGAUUAAGUCACAUAUUAAUGACAUGACUCUUCUUUUUUGGCGGCUCAUUUGGAAAUGAUAACAUUUAAUUAAAUCUAUUGUCAAAUGUCUUCAUAUCUUGCUCUACUUCCUACCAAUGUAUAUGGUCAAUUAGCAAAUUUAUCUCAAUAGUUUCCAGUAAUUUUUCUCCUAAUUUUUCUUUGCCUCAAAGAUUGCACAAAAUUUUGUAUGUGCAAAAUUUUAGGAACUUUGCCUUUUUUUGCUGUGCAGUUGUUUGAAAUUCACAGAUAUGAAUUUUGCAAUCAAUUACCUAAAUUUUAAAAAAAAUUAUUAUAACAUAAUAACUUAAUUUAAAAAAAAUAAUUAGUUGCAUGUUUUACACAUUUACAGAGCUGUAGUCCUUAUUUUUUUUGUUCUAAACUCAGCUCAGUUCUAAACUCUGCUCAGUUCUAAACUCAGCUUGGUUCUAAAGUUGACAAAAUCAAGGUCCCAUUUUAUUUGUUCAAACAGAUCAUGCUGUAUACAGUGUGUGUCCCCUCUAUCGCACUAUUGAGAUAAAUUGUUGGGACACUGUUGUGUGUCCCCACUAUAGCACUAUUGAGGUAAUUGUUGGAACACUUAUAGUGGUUCAUUUUUGUAACUUAUACUAAUUGUUGUGACAAUUUCCUUGCACUACUAAUACAUGUAUUUCAGCACCUUUCCCUGUCCUCACCAACACCUUUCCCUUGACAUAUAUCCUCAGCAACACCUUUCCCUUGACAGCUGUCCUCACAACACCUUUCCCCUGACAUCUGUUAUCAACACCUUUUCUCUGACAUCUGUCCACAAUACCUUUCCCUUGACAUCUAUCCUCAUCAACACCUUUCCCUUGACAUCUAUCCUCAUCAACACCUUUCCCUUGACAUCUGUCCUCAUCAACACCUUUCCUUUGACAUCUGUCCUCAUCAACACCUUUCCCUUGACAUCUGUCCUCAUCAACACCUUUCCUUUGACAUCUGUCCUCAUCAACACCUUUCCUUUGACAUCUGUCCUCAUCAACACCUUUCCCUUGACAUUUGUCCUCAACACUUUUUCCUUGACAUCUGUCUCUAUCAUGCUCAAAGAGAGAAUAUUUUUACCCCUUGAAUGAGACCGGUUGCAAGAACAAGGUUUAAUGUGAAGCACAUUUAUUCAAGGUUUAAAUUUUACAACAAAGUUUAUGUGUGUCCUGAGAAAUCAGUGUCAAAUUGUGCUGAGAAAUCAGUGUCAAAUUGUGCUGAGAAAUCAGUGUCACUGCUCAAUUUGUAGCACAACUGAUCAAUUCAUUGAAGCUGUUGCUGGUUCAGUAGUCAUUACUUUGAUUGAGCCAGGCUCAAUGUUUCCAAUUAGAGCCAUCUGUUGUUGAUGACGGCAGUAAAUUAUGAAAUCAAAAGUAGAAUAGAUUUUCCUCAGCUGGCAGUUUUAGCAUGAAAAUUUAAAAAUAAUUGUUCUUCAAAUCAUUAAAAAAAAUAAUCACAUGUGCAAAAUGAUUUUAUGAAUUUUAUGUGAAAAGUCUCUUCUUUUUAACAUCUUGAAAUGAUUUUCAAAACACACGUUUUUUUUAACAAGAGGUUUCCGAUAUGUAAUUGACCACAUCAUGAUUUGUGUGUGUGUGUGUAGUCUAAAAAAAAAAAAUCAUAAUUAAAUCAGAACCAUUUUUUCAGAUAAAUCUUUUUGCUAUCCUACACCUAGGGUCAAAUGUGCAUUGUGUUGCAAGUGUUUUAUUUUUUACAUGCCACAUGCAUGUCAUAUGUCACAUAUGCCAUAUUUGCUCCAUAUGACCAUACAUUCACCCAUGAAUACCUCAGCAUCCUGUAUCUAUUUCUCUCUGUAUUUAAACAUUUUGAUGUAUCUUUUGAAAUAUUUUCUGCAGCAAUUAGAUUGUCUAUUAUAUCAACUAAAACCACAUUUAUUAUUAUAAGAGAUUCACAAUGGUUAUUACUAAAUCACAGAGAAUCAUUUGCAUUUUACACAGAUAGUGUGUCAAGUUCUUAAAAAAGGUGUUUGAGUUGAUCACACUGAAAGUAGUGAAAGAAUGUGUCCAUUGAUCUACUGCAUAAUCUGUGUUGUAAGUCUCAAUACUUUUGACUGUAUGAAUCCCAUGAACUGACAUUACUUCUACAAGUGCCUAAUUAAUACUAUAACUAGGUUAAAUGUAUCAUGGCUGAGUUCAGCUGUUUUCACAUGUACCAACAGCUAUUCCAUUUCCAUGUACACAUUCAUAACAGAUUUCAUCUUCUCCUUGUCAUUGUGCACACUCAACCCAAAUCUUAUUUGUUGUACAUGUACAGGUGUCUGUACCUUGUACACAUUCAUAAAAAUUGUCUGUAUAUGUACCCUUACAUAUAUUCCCUGUAGUAGUCCACAAUCAAUGUAAAUCUAUCUGUUGUACAUGUUCUGGCAUCUGUUCCUUGUACAUGAACACAACCAGGCUGCUCCAGAUGCACCCUAGAUCUAUUCCAUGUACACAUACAUGUUGUCAAGGUUUGAUAUUUGAAGAGUCUUUCAUUUGUUCAGAUGCAUUACAGGUUAGGAACAAUUGUGCAAAUAAAUGUUUUCGUUAAAUAAUGCAAAGGGUUCUCCAAUUCUUACUCAAGGGUCCUCUAAUUAAUCCUCAAGGGUUCUCUGAGUGAUAGUCCUGGGUUCUUUGAGGUGUAAAAUCCCCUCCCAGUUCUUUAUUUGAAUGGUUUGCAUUUUGUUUGGGACUUGUUGAAAACCUUUUUUAAAAGCAGAUUUUUAUAUUUUAAAAAAGUAUUUUAAUUGAAUUUGUUUUUGGUUUGUAUAAUUCUGACAGUUGAACAGAGUAAUUGUGUCCAAUACCAAGCAUUUUGAAGUAAAAAAUGUAGCUUUGAUAAGCAGAGAAAAAACAAUUUUUCAUUACCUAAAGCAAAUUAUCAUGUCUAAUUCUAAUGUAAUUAUCAUGUCUAAUUCUAAUGUAAUUAUGCACAAACUUUUAAUUUUGGGUGUACGCCUAACUUUAAUGUUGAACAUGACUUGUGAUGCAUUAUCUGUAAAAUGUUGGUUUGAACAUAAAUUGUGAUGCAUUUAUCUGUCAGAUGUUGAUUGAUUAUGCAGUCUGCGGUAGUUGGUAUGACAUCUCUGUUAUCUGUUAUCAUAUCAUAGAAGGUUAUCCACUGAAUCUCAACAUUGUCAUGUCAACAAAACUAUGUUUGCUCUGGAUCUGUGAUGGGGGCAGCACUGUGCUGUCAAUGGUUGACAUGAAACUUUUCCAGUGUCACCUAGAGUGGGACAAUGAACUGUUAGUUGGUGUGCAUCUAUGUCAGUUUCAGGGUGCUCAUUUUUUAAUUUCAAUCCUCCUCAACAACCUUGGAGCAAUUUCUAGUUCUUGUUCUAGUUCUUGGUCUAGUUCUCUAUUUCUAGUUCUUCAUUUCUAGUUCCAUUAAAAAAUAGACUCUUUGUUAUUUAUAUUUUAUAUAAUUUAUCUAACUUUUGGAGGAGUGCUAGGGCAAGGCAAUCCAAUGUUUCCAAAAGGAUCUUUUUGCCAGUUUUAACUUGAGCACAAACAUAUUUGGACAGUAACACUACAAAUAUACUAAUCUACAUUGAUAAUGACAGCCAUCAAUGUUGGUGAAAAGAUCAAUUGAAAUUUAAAAAAUCAUUAUCAUUUCUAGGAAAAAUCUAAUAAUAAUUUUAAUGGAAAACCUUUUUACGCUCUCUGUCAAUUGUAAAAAAAAAGAAAUAACACUUCGCUUGAAUGGCCAUACCGAUGAUUAAAAGCUUUAGAAAAAAACAUUCCCCAUUUUCCUGGCACCAAAAGUUGCCAUUUCCCCCCCCCCCCCUUUCUUUUGUGUGUAACAUUAUUUAAAUACUAAUAUCCGCAUCUCAUUAUAUUAAACUAUAUUUUUACAUCGCCAUUUUUUGUAAACAUGUCUCAUUACUUUUUGAUAGAGAUAUUAACCAUGUUUUUUAUUUUUGUGAUCUCUGUAUCAUUUUAUAUUUAUUAAAGCAUACUAUGGAGGCAUGUUUUUUUAUAUUUUAACAUUUAUGUCAUAUUUUGAUUGUCAUAAUAGGCCCCAUGUAUGGCAGGACCUUGAUGUUGGCGGAAUGGUAUUGAAUUUAACAUUUGUGUGUGUAACACUUUUCAUAGAAUUUUAACAAUGCCCUACAUUGUAUGUGCCGCUAUUUUACUGGCCAGAAGAGCAAGCAUCAGGGUAUAUAUGAUCUGUGGAUAAGGCAACAUAAUUUUUAACCUCACCCAGAAAAUUAUUUUCAAGUAAAACGGAAUUUUGUAGAAACAAAACAUGAAAUUACAGGACUGGAUUCAUUCCAUGUACUUCCUCGGGGUAUUCAUGAAAUAUAUAAUGUAGUCCAAAACAAAGGGAUCCUAUUUUAAUACCACUUUAAAGUAAACCCAUGAAUGCUUUAGAUACAACAAUACAACAUUGUGUUGUAACAACAUGUUGAAUGUACAUCAAGUUGAUAGAAUCACAUAAGAAAAAACGAAUGUUUUUUAUUAGUCCUAAAUAACCAUGUACUGUAGUAGUACAAGUCGCAAGGACUUGAUGUAGUGUGCAGUAUGACUGUGAAACUCCCUAAUAUAGUUUGAACUCACCCUCUUGCAGUGUUUUCUUUCCACGGAUAUAUUUGGUAAUGUUUAAUCUAUUGAUGAAUCUGUUCAGAGUUUAUAUACCUCAGUCUCUGAUUUCUUCUUACACUAUAUAAUAGCCAUGCAUUAUUGAUACAUAUUUAUACGUUAUAUCCUCUAAAGAAAAUGUCUUCUGUAUUUAUUUGAAGUAGUCCUUGCAGUUUUACAAACUGGUCUUCAAAAUAAAGUAGACUGGAAGUCCACGAAACCAAUACUC